AUGGUCCCUCGCCCCAAGCGUCGGCGUCUCACCGAUCCUUUGGGAGAGGUUGCGAGCGAAGAUAUCUGCAAGCCGGCCACUCAGCUGGAGAGGAACAGCUGGAAUGGCUUCUGUGAGAUCGAAUCGGAGCCGGCAUUAUUCAAUGUGAUGCUACGCGAGUUCGGCGUGAAGGGCGUCCAGGUCCAAGAGGUGAUGUCUCUGGAUGAAGAGGGCGUGAGCUACCUGGAGAAACCUGUUUACGGCUUGAUAUUCCUAUUCCGCUGGCGGGAGGACGAUGCCGAGAAGCAGGAGGCUAGUUGCCCGGACGGCAUCUGGUUUGCAAAUCAGACAGCUGGUAAUUCUUGUGCCAGUGUGGCGCUGUUGAACAUCGUCAACAACAUUCCUGGCAUCGACCUCGGGGAGAACCUACGGCACUUUCGAGACUUUACCAUGCCCUUCACCCCGGCACUGCGUGGCGAUGCCAUCAACAACUUCGAAUUUGUCAAGCGUGUACAUAACUCCUUUGCUCGAAAAAUGGAUAUUUUAAAUUCAGAUCUACAGCUUCACUCUGAAGCAACUUCGAAGAAGCGCUCCAGAAGCCAAGAUCCCAAUGACUUUGAAUCGGGCUUUCACUUUAUUGCGUUCAUGCCGGCGAUGGGCCAAGUGUGGAAGUUCGACGGUCUGGAGCGUCAACCUCAAGCACUCGGUGGAUGCUCUGAAGAUGACUGGCUGAAAUUGGCGAUGCCCAACAUCAUCGACCGAAUGGCCGCGUACACCGAAGAUAGUAUUGAAUUCUCUAUUCUUGGUGUGGUUCGAGAUCCUCUGUCGGAUCUUGUUCAGGAGUUGGCAGUCAACGUGAGGAGCUUAGAAAUCAUCCACGAGCGGCUCCUAGCCCUGGGAAAUGGAGAAGCGAACCUCGAGGUGCUCAACGACAUAGUCAUUGGCCCAGAAGCGUCUCUCGGGCUCACUCGUGUAGAUAUUGAAGCGGCCAUCACCUCUGAGAGCAUACAAACAUGCCAAGAUUCGGAACAACUACGGCAGUAUCAGCAGGAGCUAAGCCAAGCCCAGGCUGGGCUGCGGGGACGAGUCCAAGAAGAGCAGCAAGCACAACGACAAGACGAGGAUCAUGCGACGGGACGACGUUAUGACUAUGGACCAGCGAUACGGACGUGGUUGCGCUUUCUAGCACGCAAGCAGCUGCUGGCGGAGCUAUUGCAAUAA